AUGCCUACCGAAUCUUCCUACCCAAGAUUGAAUAUCCCGAAUGUCGAUAUCUGGACGUUCUUGUUUGAGAGGACGCCGGAGGAGAGGCAGUUUCCGGAAAGUAAAGUGAUCUACAAUGACCCCGAUACCAAGCGAACAUACACGUAUGCCCAAGUCCGGAGUACUGCAAUUGAUUUCGGAAAGGGGUUGAAAGCAAAUUGGGAUUGGCAGAAGGGAGACGUGCUGGCACUGUUUACACCGAAUUGCAUCGAUACGCCCGCAAUAACAUGGGGAGCACAAUGGGCAGGUGGCAUUCUGUCUCCUGCGAAUCCAGGAUACACAGCAGAUGAGCUAGCCUUCCAGCUGAAAGAUUCAGGAGCAAAGGCAUUGGUUACCCAAAAACCAUAUCUGGCCGCAGCGGUCGAGGCCUGCAAGAAAGUCGGCAUUGAGGAGAACAGGAUUAUCCUCAUGGGCGAUGAGCGAGAUGAGACGAUGAGAUUCAAACAUUUCUCGAGUAUCAGGAAUACUUCUGGUGCUACAAGAUAUAGAAAGACGAAGAUUGAUCCGAAGAAGGAUCUGGCCUUUUUGGUUUAUAGUUCGGGGACCACCGGACAUCCAAAGGGCGUUAUGCUAUCGCAUUCGAACAUCGUUUCGAAUGUGUUGAUGGGAAAUACCUCUGAAGGAGGAAACUUAAGUUGGAAAGGUCAGAAAGAUAAUGAAGGAGACAAGAUAUUGGCCUUUCUACCGUUCUUCCACAUUUAUGGCCUCACUUGCUUGGUACAUCAAGCUUUAUUUUCUGGUUGGACGCUUGUUGUUAUGCCCAAAUUCGACCUGGAGAAAUUCUGUGCUCAUGUGCAAAACCUCAACAUUACCUUUGCAUAUGUGGUCCCGCCAGUCGUUCUUCUCCUAGGCAAAAGUCCAGUUGUCUCGAAAUACAACCUCUCUUCAAUACGUAUGAUGAACUCAGGAGCGGCUCCCUUGACUCGGGAAAUAGUCGACACUGUAUGGAACCGCCUCAAGAUACCCGUCAAGCAAGGUUAUGGUUUGUCGGAAACUUCCCCAACAACACAUACCCAGAUCUGGGAUGACUGGCAAACUACUAUAGGUUCUGUCGGUCGGCUGCUACCUAACCAGGUUGCCAAAUACAUGUCCGCUGACGAGAAGGAGGUACCUGCCGGCCAGACCGGUGAACUCUGGAUCAAAGGGCCUAAUGUCUUCUUGGGCUAUCUGAACAAUCCGGAGGGCACGGCGAACGCUUUAACACCUGACGGUUACUUCAAGACAGGAGAUGUCGGACACCAAGACGACAAAGGAAAUUUCUGGAUCACCGACCGUGUCAAGGAGCUUAUCAAAUACAAAGGCUUCCAAGUUCCUCCAGCUGAACUUGAGGGUAUCCUCCUAUCUCAUCCCGAUAUCGAUGAUGUUGCUGUCAUUGGAGUUUACAACGCAGAUCAAGCUACAGAAGUCCCACGAGCAUUUGUGGUGCCAAAGAAGGGUGUUGAGGGCGGUAAAGAGAAUGGGCAGCAAAUCGUUGAUUGGUUAGCGAAGAAGGUGGCUAGUCACAAGAAGUUGCGUGGUGGAGUUGUAUUCGUAGAUGAGAUUCCGAAGAGCGCGAGUGGGAAGAUCUUGAGAAGGCUCUUGAAGGAUAGAGUGUUGGAAGAAGAGAAAAAGGGCGAGAAAGCCAAGCUCUAA